AUGGCCAUGCUGCUCUUCCCUGUGCAGCUGCUGGCAGUGGCUGUCACCAUUUACCUAGAGCUGGUGAGGUCUGCUCAAGGCGGUGUCUACUAUGGGAUCAAGCAGCUGCCACCCCAGGUGCCUCAGUACCAACCCCUUGGACAACAAGUACCUCACAUGCCGCUGGGCAAAGAAGGCAUCCCGAUGCAGCACAUGGGCAAGGAGGUGCCCCACAUGCAGUACGGGAAGACCCCCCAUCUGCCUCAGUACAUGAAGGAGGUCCCGCAGAUGCCACUGCUCGGCAAGGACAUGGCUCCCAAAAAAGAGAAAGAAAUGCCUGUGCGCAGUCUUCGGGGUGAGCAAGGUCCCCCUGGUGAGCCUGGACCAAGAGGGCCACCGGGGCCACCAGGAUUACCGGGUCACGGUGUGCCAGGAGCCAAAGGAAAACCGGGCCCACAAGGAUAUCCAGGAAUUGGGAAGCCGGGUUUGCCAGGGAUGCCGGGGAAACCAGGGGUCAUGGGGCCCCCAGGGCCGAGAGGGGAGAUGGGGCCAAAGGGAGAGAUUGGGCCCAUGGGGAUACCUGGGCCGCAAGGACCACCGGGGCCUCACGGGCUUCCCGGCAUAGGAAAAGCAGGUGCUCCAGGGCUGCAGGGACAGCCGGGGCCAAAGGGUGAGCCUGGGAUGAAGGGUCCCCCAGGAGUUCCCGGGAUCCCAGGGCCCAAAGGGGAGAAAGGCAUCGGAAUCCCAGGUUUGCCAGGGCUGAAGGGUCCACCUGGGCUG